UCGUGAUACCGUCUCAACCGCGAACUGUUCUCCACGCCGCGCCAUGACGGACGUUAAAGAGAAGACACCGAAGGCGAAGAAGAUUUCUCUGGGAGUUGGCGGCGCCUUGGUGGAGCUGGCGCAGGAACCUGAACGGGGUAGCUGGGCCAACCCCCUCGAGUUUGUUCUAUCCUGCAUCGGGUAUGCCGUUGGCAUUGGCAAUGUUUGGCGUUUCCCUUCCCUUGUAUAUCGUAAUGGCGGUGGUGCGUUCUUAAUUCCCUUCGUCCUGAUGUUAAUAACGAUGGGAUUGCCAAUAUUCUUCUUGGAGUUGGCAGUCGGACAGUAUUCCGGACUUGGCCCUAACGAGGCAUUUACGCGUAUGGCACCGGCACUUCAGGGCCUCGGUUAUUGCACCCUGGUCGUCAUUUUGUUCGUAAUGGUCUAUUACAUGGUGAUCGUCGCCUGGACACUCUUCUACACGUUCGUCUCGUUCAUGCCGAAGCUUGCCUGGGCCUAUUGUGACAACGAUUUCAACACGAACAAUUGUUACAGUGGUCUGCAAGAGAUCGAGUGUCAGGCGGAGGAUCCGGAAACGAUAUUUUACAACAAGACUUGCAUAUUGGCCAAGAAAGUCUGCGAGAGCUUCGGUUUUCUCGAUGGCAACGUUACCCACUGCAUCGAUCACGACGGGGUGGUACCUCUGCAACCUACGAGGGUUCUGUCUUCGGAGGAAUAUUUCAACGACUACGUGCUGGGUCUGCGCGGAGCCACGUGGGAACAUUUCGGAGGCAUAAGAUGGGAAUUGUUAGGAUGUCUCACCCUCGCCUGGAUAAUCUGCUACUUGUGCCUGAUGCGUGGUGUCCAGUCCAUCGGGAAAGUCGUCUACUUCACUGCUCUCUUCCCUUACGUCAUGCUCACGGCGUUGCUCAUACGAGGUGUCACAUUGGAGGGUGCUGGUGACGGUUCCCUUUGGUUCAUUACUCCAAAAUGGUCGACGCUGGAAUCUACGGGAGUCUGGGCGGACGCCGCGUCUCAAGUUUUCUAUUCACUCGGCAUCGGUUGUGGAUCCCUCAUCACUCUAUCGAGCUACAGUAACUUCAAUAAUAACUGUCACAGAGACGCGAUUUUCGUGACUUUCGCGAAUCUGGGCACAUCGAUUUUUGCUGGUUUCGUAAUCUUCUCGAUCAUGGGAUUCCUAGCCGUCCAAAUGGAUGUGCCAGUCGACGAAGUAAUCAAAAGUGGGGCAGGCUUGGCUUUCGUCGCGUACCCGGAAGCCGUGGUGCGGAUGCCAGCUCCGAACGUAUGGGCCGUGCUGUUCUUCGUGAUGCUCUUCAUCCUCGGCAUCGGUAGCCAAUUCGCAGGCGUGCAGGCGAUAAACACCGCCAUAUUGGACGUCCGACCAGAUUUACGAAAAUACGAGAGUUACGUAGUGCUGGGGAUAUGCGUCACUUGCUGGCUCCUCGCUAUACCGAUGGUGUUCGACGGCGGUAUUUACCUAUUCACUCUGAUGGACUGGAACACCGCUUCUUGGGCGAUACUAUUGAUCGGCAUCGCCGAGGUCGGCGUGGUAGCCUGGUGCUACGGGUGCAACAAAUUCCUGCGUAACAUAGCCGAAAUGCAAAUGCGGUUCAACCUUUUGCUGCGCGGCUACUGGUGGCUCAGCUGGGUCGUGCUAGCGCCUAUCACUUGUCUGGCGGUGUUCGUCUAUGAAAUAUGCACGUACCAGAUGCCUAGUUAUGGCCACUACGUAUUCCCCUGGUGGGCGAACGGAAUCGGAAUACUGAUCGGCCUGUCGACUCUAGCACCGAUGCCGUUGUUCUUCGUUCAUCGCUUCUGGAAAGGACCGAGGGACCGGAGUUUGUUUCAACCGAAGAAGUCGUGGGGACCGGCUACGGGAAAAAAUAGGGAUAACGACAGCUCGUCCACGGCGUCUCUCAAGAUUUCGCAACCGGGCGAGGAUACCUCGCAGAAAGACUGCGUCUAGUCAAUCUAAUAAGGUCGCCUCUUUUUUACGUGAUUCUAUUUAUAGUUGUUUCGAUAUUAACGAAUUGAUACGAACUGAAAAUGUGUUUUUUAAUGGUCCCGAUUUCCCGAAUUCUUGUAAUCCUUAUAUCGUCGAACGCUGCAGAUAGAAUUUUCUUUUAUACUUUGUUGCUUCCGGUACGGUACGUGUACACGUUUCACAGAUUCUAAAACAACACGCCCGAGGAAAUACAAGGACGCCAAAAAGAGAACGCUGUUGUAACGAGAGCAGUAUUAUUGCGUUCGGCUAGAAACAGUGAGGCAAUACUGGUACACAUCUCGUUUCACGAUUCAAUUUCCAUUCUUUGAGACUAGAAUUAUGAAUAAUUUUCAUUUACCGGUUGGAACGGAAAUUGUGGUGAUUCAGCGUUAGGAAAUAAAACAAAAAUUUCGUAUAACGUCUCUUCGUAUAAAGUUUCGUUCUGGAUGAAAACGAUUGACAUUUGAACUGUGAAAUAUGAUUUGAUUGUUUUUCAAUCAACAUCUCUCGAUGUCCAUUUAUAGGGAUUCGAAAAGAGUAUUCAGAGCCUUGCAUGUUUCAAGCGAAAAAUUAUUGAAGGGUUAAAUGAAAUGCGAUGGCACAUUAUAGUCUGUUAUUUCUAAUUCGCAGAGCAUGGAGGAUAUUUUUAAAGUAAUAAUAAGAAAUGGAAGACGAGGUCUGCAUCGUCUGCAAUCAUGUCACUGUCAACGUUUAUUGACAUAAAGACUGAUCAGAACAACGACAAUCAAAUUGUAUUUAAGUUGUUCAGACUUCAAAAUCGAUUCUUUCAUUAGAAGCUCUAAAUGAAAAAUAAUACGUCGAGCUUUUUCCACGUAGCAUCUAUUAUUUACUAACGCGAUCGUACCAACCUGUAUAAAUAUAACUGAAUUAAAUCACGUUUAGGGGUGAUUUUUAAAUAACCUGUAAAGAAAAUUUCCAUAGCAGUGGGAACGUUUUCCUCUACGUUGGCCGCCACUCGAGCGUGUGCGAGUCGACGUCGCGCGGUAAUGUAACCGCGUUAUAAUCACUGGCCAGGGUGGCUGGUGGAAAAGUGGCAAAUGUCGCGCGCCACCGUCCCGUGUUCCCUCCUAAUUAAUGCGACGGAAUAUCUGACGGUACGAGAAAUUCCGCGUCCUCGAUGCGACGAUGCGAUGGCGUGGCAAUAUCUCGAAUCGCUUGUACUACCCCCGUCUUAUGGGGAAUGCACGCGGCGUGGCGCGGUUCGGCGCGGAUGGCUAAUGAGAAUUUCGCUCGAUUUCUGACCUGCCCUGGACCUGUCCAGCCCCGGUCGAUCCACCACCGCGUGCCGACACGCGAUCGAUUCCCCCGGACCGGGAUGGACGUGAGCUUUUGCCAGGAAUAUGGCCACGUAAAAUUGCUUCUCGAUCCCUGAAUUAUCCGUGCUAUGCAUUUUUAUAAGUUUGACGCGCUUCUUCGAUCCAGGCGGCCGGCCUCUCGAAGGAAAAUAAACGAGAAAGAGUGACUCGAUGUGUGAUUUACUCGACUUAAAUGUAAGUAAAAUGAAGAGUUCUCAAUCUGAUCGAUUGACAUCGAAUCAGUAAGCCAUUAAAUAUUUGUAGGAAUUAAUUAAUUUCGAAUCCGUUUGCACGUCGAUCAGUUACACGGUACAUAAUAAUUACUGUUUCGUGCGCGUGCUAGUUAACUUUUUUGUUAAUUUAAUAAAUAUCAAUUUCAGUAAUAGCCGCAAAUGAACGACUGUAAUUGACAGUCGGCCGUAAUAACAUCAAGUUUCUAAACACAUCGUUAAUUUGACGUACCAAUUAAUAUUUCAUCAUUAUUAUCGCUGAUCGAACCGUUUCCUGCAGUUAUAAACCGUCGCGUGUCACAUGGUUUACCAAUAAACGAAUUUCAUUUUUUAUUUGUUGGUCGUUCAGGUUUUUAAUUAAAGGAAUUUAUUGCAAACCUCAAAGAGGAAUUUGUUAACCGUCAAGUUUGCUCGUAGUGUUCGACGACUUGAAAUUUUAUAUCGGCGUUAUCGAUCGGGACUCGUCGUUUUCUCUUUUUCGUCGAGGCAAAUUCAAAGGGGGCUCAAUUAUUUGGAUUGCACGUUAUAAGAGUAAAGAUUGCAGUGUUUGUUCAGCCAUUCGAUCGCGAUGCGCGAAAUUAGGUCG